ACCAAUAUUUGGGAAUCAAUACAUCAAAUUAUCAACCAUGUUUUCGACUAAUAAUACUUAUCAUUAUUAUUCUCUUCUGGCCACCAUUUUCUCAGUGCUAACAUUGGUUUUCCCUUCAGAAGGGCAAUUGAGUGCAACCUUCUAUUCCACCACAUGCUCCAAUGUAUCAUCCAUUGUCAGGAAUUCUGUGCAGCAGGCUUUGACAUCUGAUUCACGUAUUGCUGCAAGCCUCCUUCGUCUCCACUUUCAUGAUUGCUUUGUCGAUGGAUGUGAUGGGUCCAUUUUGCUGGAUGUUGGUGGUAACAUCACACAAAGUGAGAAAGAUGCAGUUCCCAACGCCAAUUCCGUUCGGGGGUAUGAUGUGGUUGACAGCAUCAAGAGCACCGUCGAAAGUUCAUGCCCUGGUGUUGUAUCUUGUGCUGAUAUUCUUGCACUUGCUGCAGAGUCUUCUGUGUCCCUGUCAGAAGGUCCUUCAUGGACUGUAUUACUUGGAAGAAGAGACAGUUUAACUGCAAACCAAGCUGGUGCCAACACCUCCCUUCCUUCUCCAUUUGGAAGCCUAGACGACAUCACAUCCAAAUUCUCUGCUGUUGGCUUAGACACAACUGAUCUUGUUGCAUUAUCGGGUGCACACACCUUUGGUCGUUCGCAAUGUCAAUUUUUCUCGCAAAGAUUGUUCGACUUCAAUGGCACAGGAAACCCUGAUCCUACCUUGAACACAACCUAUUUGAGCAGUCUGCAACAAAAUUGUCCACAGAAUGGGAAUGGUGCUACAUUGAACGACCUUGAUCUUUCAACCCCUGACACUUUUGACAACGACUAUUUCACCAAUCUUCUCAUCCACAAAGGUCUUCUCCAAACAGACCAAGAACUCUUCUCCACUGAUGGUGCUUCCACAAUCUCCAUUGUUAACAACUUUGCCAACAACCAAUCUGCUUUCUUUGAAGCCUUUGCUCAGUCCAUGAUCAACAUGGGCAACAUUAGCCCUUUGACUGGAACUCAAGGACAAAUCAGAACUGACUGCAAGAAAGUUAAUGGAAGUUAAACGCACCAUUAACACUAUCUGCAACAAGUUGUAUAUUCUCUCAUCAUCUGCAGUUUUUGAUUCUGCAUUUGUGUGUGGCUAAGAAAAUUCGUAAAGUUUAAUGUCUGCAUUUGUGUGUCUAAAAGUGCAUAAAAUGUUGUGAAAUGUUUGAUAAAUUAUUAUGUUGUACAAAUUCUCAUGUUUCCUUAAGAUGUUGUUAAGUUUCAAACUAUGCCGGAAUGAAUAAAUAUUUCCCGUGUA